GGAGAAAAGAGCAGAGAAAGAAUCCAGGUGUGAGACACCGAAGCAAAAACAAACGGCAAAAGCUACUGCGGCUUUUUUCUCUUCUUUUAUUUCUUUUACCACACACACACACACCUUUGGACGUUCCGCUCUUGUUCUGUUUCGAUUGUUUUCUUCCCCCCCCCCCCUCGGAGGACGCCCGGUGAGACCCUUCGAUUCUAAACGGCAAAUCAGAACACGAACAGCCAACGGACUUAUUACCUCUGAGAGCGCAUUCCCUUCUUAAAUAGAUUUAUCAAUAUCUCUAUUCGUACUUGGCGUGGACUCGAGGCAUCCCACUCGUGUCAGAUUUGCAAUAGAGGGCUUUUCUUUCAUGGUACCGCUUUGCGUCGUCCGCGAGCGCAGCUGCAGGAGAGUUCAGUCGUGGCGACGUUACACAAUAUAUGCCGUUACCUCAGACACGAUUAUCGCCCGCCUUCUCCCGUACUAAAAGAAAAGAAAAGAAUUUCUUCCUCACGUGAGUUUACCUCAGACGUUCGCAAACCUCGUGGCAACAACGAAGGAGCGCAGCUGCUACGCAAGUUUUAGUUCAACCGGAGAAAAGUCGAAAAUGACUGCUCUUUCCGUGGGACUCCGUGCGCUCUGCCACCCACGCGUGCCGCAUGUCGUGGUGCAUCGCAGCGCCGCCACCACCACCUGCGCACCUCCACCGCUGAAGACACUCUACUCCUGUCGAUCCUACAGCGCCGCUGAGCAGGCGUCGUCGGCACUGUCGCCGCUCCCGCAAAAGGCGGUGCGGGCGGUGGCGCUGCGUGCACGUCCCUCUGCGACGCAGCUGGUGGCGGCCCUGCCCUCUACGCUGAUGACGCAGGUGGUUCUUUGGCGUUCAGCGCGCACUGCCUGCGCCUCCGCCGCGGCUGGUCUCUGCGCCUCCGUGGAAGGCACCGGCACUGCUGCCACAGUUCCUGCUGUCUUUGUAGAGCGACAACGCAGGCGGUGGAUGCAGUGCCGGUCCCGCCGGUCACGGAGAUCGCUGGGGAAGGUCGGUGCGUACUCGCCUUCAGCUGCCACCCCGCCACCCGCGUGCGUCACCGCGCUCAUCGCAGGCAGUCUGCGCCGCGUGCUUUUCGCGACCGAUGGCGCUGUGGAGUGCGUUCUUUCCCGCCUUCCCGCCGCGGCGUCGUUGGGCCUCUCCGCUCCUCUCGGGGCGGCCGCCGCAGCCGGGGCCCCCACCUUGGGCUCCCUGCGCAUCUCGAGACGCUACUACGGCUCCCUCACGGCCGGCGCGCGGCCCGAACUCCCCGCCGGCGCAGAGGCGCGCGCGCAGCCGCGAUCCCCCCCUGCCGAGGAGGGCGUCGAUGGCGUGUGUGCCCCGCCCGCCUUUGCGGAGGUCUACGCCGCUUUUUGCGCACUCCGCCUCGUCGACGCGGAUGGGCGGGCAGUGCGGGCGUGGACCGUGGCGGAUAUUAAACGUGCCUACCGCGCGCUGGCGAAGGAGAUGCACCCCGACGUGGUCGGCGACAGCGGCACGGGCAUGGAGAACGUCAACGGUGCCUACGCCUGCCUGACCUCGCUCACGGCGGAGGUGGCGGACAACUACCGAGCGUGGCUCGACAACGGAGGCGAGGCGGAGAUGCGCGAUCGAGGUGCAGCGGCGCUGCGCUGGGUAUCGAGGGACGUCGUGGAGCUCAUGAUGGUGGGCUGGUGCGCCACGUUUUCAGGCUUGGCUGCCUACGCAAGCUGGUGGAUGCUCUGCGGCCCGGCGGCGACCGUCUCCGGUUCGACGGCGGGUGUUGGUGGGGUGGGUGGCAAACUCACUCUCCCGCGCGCCGGUGCUGCCUUGUCCAUGGCCCCUGGUGUGUGGUACGGCGUCGUGAGCAGCGGCGGCUCCUUCUUCAUGUCUCCCGGGUUGUCGCGGCAAGGCGUUCAGCUCGUGCGAGCGGCCAUGUCGCGUUACGCGCUGGCCGUCGCGCUGACGGUGGCGGCGUGCGCGAACACGGUGAUGCUGCAGCGCGUGCUGGCGCGCCUCCUCACCGGCACCACGUAG